UAAUUGGCCAGAAUUUGCCAGAUAUUACAGAAGGGCGAUGAACGAACAGCGCCGACGUUUUGAGCAAGGGGAGCCAGUUGGCUAAUAAGCUAACACUUUGGCUCUUCAAUAUGAAAACAUCUUAAAUCUGCAACGAAAGUAACUAUGUAAAUCACGUCUUAAAUAGCCAAAUCCCAUCUGUUUUAAUCGGAAAAGAGGAGACGUUACUUUUUUGGAAAAGAGUCCUGCUUACGGUGUGUGUGUCGUUGAUACAAGUAGGCACGAGGCUAGAGGGAUACACUUCCCGGGCUGCAACAAACAGUUUCUGGGCAGUGCGCAAACGCACCAUCGUCAUCCAGGCAAAGGCAUGCCCAUACAGUGUUUGGUAGGAUGAGGAGCCCCGCCCACCACUGCAGGGACAUUGAGAGGCAAGCUGGUUACCUGCAGCCUGAGCAUUGCGCCCCUCCCCCUCCCCGCGGACGGCCCAGCGCUAUGUGGUUCAUCCGGGAUGGCUGUGGCAUCGUGUGCGGCAUCAUAACCUGGCUCCUGGUCUUCUAUGCUGAGUUCGUGGUGGUGUUUGUAAUGCUGCUGCCUUCCAAGAGUCUGACCUACAGCAUAAUCAACGGCACACUCUUCAACAGCCUGGCCUUCCUCGCCCUGGCCUCUCACUUCAGAGCCAUGUGCACUGACCCUGGAGCUGUGCCAAAAGGAAACGCCACAAAGGAGUUCAUCGAGAGCUUGCAGCUGAAGCCUGGCCAGGUGGUUUACAAGUGCCCCAAGUGCUGCAGCAUCAAACCUGACCGAGCACACCACUGCAGUGUAUGCAAACGCUGCAUUCGGAAGAUGGACCACCACUGUCCCUGGGUCAACAACUGUGUGGGAGAAAACAACCAGAAGUACUUUGUGCUUUUCACAAUGUACAUUGCCUUGAUAUCUCUUCAUGCCUUGGUGAUGGUUGCAUUUCAUUUCCUCUACUGUUUUGAAGAAGACUGGACAAAGUGCAGUACCUUCUCACCCCCGGCGACUGUCAUCCUGCUCAUCCUUCUAUGCUUCGAGGGGCUCCUCUUCCUCAUUUUCACAUCUGUGAUGUUUGGCACCCAAGUCCAUUCAAUCUGUACCGAUGAAACAGGCAUAGAGCAAUUGAAAAAGGAAGAGAGAAGAUGGGCUAAAAAAACUAAAUGGAUGAACUUGAAGGCGGUGUUUGGACACCCCUCCUCUAUAGCAUGGCUCAGCCCUUUCGCCACACCCGACCACGGGAAGGCAGACCCCUACCAGUAUGUGGUCUGAAAUCAGCGGACACAUCUGCCCAUGCACCACCUUGUCCCCGCCCCCCCCGACCUUGUUCACACCCCUCCUCUCCCUGUUCUGCCCUGUCCUUCAAGUGCUAAGACUGAUGCAUGCAGGCGUGCGGGUUCUUCUGUCCUCAUUGGCUAUUCUGAACAUGAUUGUAAACCAAUGCACACUUUUUUUGUGUCAAACAUUUAAAUAUCUGUUGUUUUUUUUGUUUGGUUUUUUAAAAUAUGGAAACAGUUGCAGAUAAAAAGAAUGGCAGUUAUCCUGUCAAAUCUGCUUUUGUAACUCUGUAACCUUUUGUCAUUUGUUCAGCUUUCUUUACCUGAAGCUGUUUACUGUAUUAACUGAUUCCGUUUUCCUGCUGUUCACUCUAAUCUCUCCCAAAGCCCUCCUUUAAAAAACGCUUCCAGUUUCCUCUGUUAUGUAUCACAGCAGACGUAGCGUUUCUCAGCAGGGGGAAAGAGGCAGUCUGUCCAGAGUAGAGGUCAACAGACUGUUUGGCUGUUUGUGCUGUAGUUCUGUGGCUAGUAAGGAAAGCAUAUGGAGUGUCAGAUGAAUCCAGUUUACUGGCUAUUUGUAGAAAUAUAAAACCAUGCCUGUUUAAAAUGUCAGGAUCUUGAAAAAAUGAAAAUGAAAAAUAGUCAACACAUUUUAAAUUAUGAAUGAAAAUCUUUCUUUAAGGAUAGUGAGGGCUUGACAGUUUUUCAGUGAGGGCUUGACAUUCAUGAUAGUGGCAUUUUUAUUGCGAAAGAGAAUGACAUAAAUCUUCCACACCAUUGAUGUGUUCUUAUAAUCAAAACCCCUUUCAGUUGGUUGGCAGUGGUCAUAUCACUUCAUGCUGCAUGUUAUACCUCGUGGAGAGCUGGUGGAGUGGGUAGCAAUUUCUGGUAGUUGUGUUCAGUCCUGUUUGAACAGAUGUAGAAUAGCUAGAUCACGCACAGCAUACUUUGAGGUGCAUUUUUAAUUACCGUCCAGUCGUCCUGGGUAUUUACACAGGUACACCCUGGUGUUCUGUAACCUGUGAUGGAGCAUGAUGCUUUCCCUCUGCUUCUGUUCAGUAGGCCUGCCUUUCUUAUGUGACAUAUCUGAGACUGUUGCUGUUAGUGGUCACUUUCUAGUCUUGUAAUAUGUCUGUGCCUGUGUGAACUGAUGCCUUUUUUGCACAGAGUGUCGUUCAGUGGCCUGGUGCUAAGGGGCUCCCGGUGGGCCCCCAGAAGGUUGUUAGUUCAGACUCAACUCAUAAAAUAAAUGGUUUGACAGAAAUAGGAAUACCCCCCACAGUGAGCCAGUCAGAAAGGGAGAGUAACUGUGUGUGAGUAACACUGGCCUUUCCCUAGGCCUCAUUAGCUGGCUGCCAGUGUCAGCCAGCAUGAAGGGUAGGCGCCGAGUGUAAUAAUUAUAACCUGUUUAUUUUGGCUGAUUUCUGCUUUAUCCUCAGAACUCGGUCUUGGGUGUUUUCCUUCAAUUACUUCAGUUGCAGUGAUGUUUGCUUUUGUUUCUUUGGAAAAUUGGACCAGGCAUGUGGUUUUAUUUCGGGGCCCUAUCUCCCCUUUAAAAGGCCAACAUUUCUUUUUGUUUUUGCCAUUUGUGACUCCAGCAGUAGGAAGUAAUGGCCAAGUCAAGCACUUUCAUAGCUUGCCCAUCAUUCUCCAUUGGUCAUGAAGAAGAGCUCCGCUAUGUCAGCCAACAUGGUCCCCACCCCAGCUUACUAGUGACCUGACACACAUUUAACAUACUACUAUUGAACUAUUAGAGAUGAAUGUUACUUAAUUCGCAGAAUGAAGGAGCUUCCACAUGCAGACGGUAUUGGAUCAUGUAGUUCUGUGUAGUGCACAUAUCAAGAAGGCAUCACACUUUGGUCUGAAAACGUCAAGCAGCAGAAGUUCAGUCUUGCUGAGCGACUCAGGCUGAACAAAUACAUAGAGCUUCCUGAGACACUGCUUUUAAUAAGCUGUCCUUUUAUUUUCAGUAAAUUGCAUCCACAAGCUGCAGGGAGAAUGGAGCUUUUCGAACAGGAUUUUUGCCAAAUGUUUACUUUUUUGUUUGUUGUUGACUAUUUUAUAUUUUUAACUUGAUGAUUUAAUGGACUGUGAAACAUGCCACGCUGUCUUGUACUGGGAAACAUUGAUAUACUGUGGUGUAUGUUGACAGCAUGAUUGCCUUUUUUAAUAUAAGUGUAUAUGUAUGUAUAUUUGACACUAGGCUGAAAUACCAUUAUUUCUUUUAUAAAUUGCUGCCAUAGAUUUAAGUGGUUACUAUGGUUGGUGGUAUGUAAGUUGAUGGGCAGGGAUCAUUUUCAGCUUUGGCACCACUGUUCUGUUAGAUUAUGUGUGUGUGUGUGUGUGUGUGUGUGUGUGUAAGUGAACUUGAGAGAGCUUUUCACUCAGAAGAAUGGGUUCUGAAAGUAUCCUCUGUGUCUCCAUAGAGUGGGCUUCCCCAACUCUGUUCAUGGAGAUUUACUGUCCUUUAGGUUUUCACUACAACCUUAACAAAGCGCACCUCGUUCAACAGCUAUAGAUCUCGCUGAGCUGCAAAUUAGUUGAAUCAGGUGUGCCAAAUUGAGGAUGAACUGAACCUACAGGAUGGAUCUCAGAUACAUGGUUGGGCAACCAAUCUAUGAGCUUUCACAAUUUUCACUCUGACAGAGUUCCAUAAAGCAGUAAAAGGGGUUGACUUGUGGAGACAGAGGUGGAAAGUCCAGGGGUCAGAAAGUAAAAGUCCUGUCAUGCGUUUCUUCCGCCCAUGAACUCAGCUAGCUGAUUUCACUAAUUAGUUCUACCUCCUGGCUGAACAAUUUAAUUAGGUGAUUGGAGCAAAAUACCGUGGAUGACUUCUUUCUGAACCUGGAUUUUCCAUAUUUGAAGAAAAGUAAAAUCAUUUCUAUUUCUGAGAGUGUAAAAGGGAAAAAUUGACCGUGUGUAGUGCUCUAUUUAUCCAGUGAAAACUUUGAACACCCCUUUUAUUUUUCCUAGCUGCCUUGAUGAGAAAUUACACAUCAACCUUGUCAUGAGUGGAGCUCCCAUGUGCUGUAUUUCACUGACGUUGAUCAAGCAAUCAUAAGAUGUUCAAUGACACAGUGAAAACCUUUGUUUCAAAUCUGUGGCCCACCCAUUUUUGGGUUAAUGAAGCUCCACUCUCGCAUCACUUGAUUCUCUUACUCAAAUUCAAGUUAAGCUAAUUAAAUAACUGUAGAAAAAAGAUGAUUUUAUGCAGAAAUACAUGUUAAAAUAAGAUUGAUUAAGGAAUUGCAUAACCUAUAUUAUGUGCAACACCAUUUAUGAGGACUGGAUUUAUUAAAGCUGUAGUCCAUUUUUUAAA